AGUCGAGAGCGCUAUGUCCUUUUGUCAUGGAGACAGAUACAGACGUAGAGAGAUACCCACAAGACAUACUUUCCGCCAGAUGCGCGUGCCGUGAUUGUAUUAACCCUUACAACAAUGGCUUCAUUACAAACCCAGGCGUUGACUGCAUGCCAGUUGUACGCGAGAUGGAGACGCUUAGACGCGGACAAUGUGUGGGUGGUGUUUACCGUUAUGAGAAGCAGACAACCAAAGUUCCAGUGGCUUGUGUAUGUGCCAGGAGGCUUGCAGUAUGAGGGUUUCAACUUUGAAACAAGAGGACCAACUACCUAAUUAACAAUUGUGACUUCAUCUUCUCUACAUUUCAUUUCAAGUGAGGGCGUCCUUUCAUUCAGUACUACUACGUGUGCCGUAGGUUAUCUUUGCCUUUGUUAUUUAUUGACUGUUUAAAACGAUAGCGUAUUGAGAGAGAUAGUUGUGACACGCGAAUGUAUACGUAUUCUCGAGAUGGGUCAUAGGUUAAACAAUGGAGCUCUAAAUAGCUCCCUCCCGGGUACAAUGUGUAUUAAAGAGAGGAAACUAUUUGUGAGUUUUUAUGAAAUGCCUGACCAAUCAGUAGCAACUUCCGGUGACGUAACUAUCUCUCUCAAACAGAUAUGUUUAAAAGUAUUUACAAAUCCCUUUUAAUAUAUAUGAUUAUGAUAUACCUGUUCAAAAUGAUUUCAUGUGUAUGUACCUCAUCGUCUAUA